UUAUGAGUAUAAAAAGAAACUGGUCUUUAUAAAGAAAUCGAUCGACCACACUUUAACCUCUCAGAAAUGGCUGAAGUACUGAAGUUACAUGGAGCAUGGCCUAGUCCCUUUAGUUGCAGAGUGAUAUGGGCUCUAAAACUAAAGGGCAUACCAUAUGAGUAUGUAGAAGAAGAUCUCUUCAACAAAAGCCCUUUGCUUCUACAGUAUAACCCAGUUCACAAGAAAAUACCAGUGCUGGUUCAUGGUGGCAAGCCAAUUUGCGAGUCUACUAUAAUCCUGGAGUACCUCGACGAGACAUGGCCUGAGAAUCCAUUGCUUCCCAGUGACCCGCAUGAGAGAGCUGUAGCCAGGUUUUGGGUUAAAUUCAUCGAAGACAAGGGUACAGCAAUAUGGAAUAUAUUUCGUACCAAAGGAGAAGAGCUAGAAAAGGCAGUAAAGAACUGCUUAGAAGUUCUAAAAACCAUUGAAGAACACGCCAUGGGAGUAUCAGACGAUAAAUAUUUCGGUGGAGACAAGAUUGGAAUAGUAGACAUUGCCUUCUGUGGAAUUGCUCACUGGCUUGGAGUUAUUGAAGAAGUUGCAGGCGUAAAAGUUCUUGAAUCCCAGAAAUUCCCAAGGUUGCAUGCGUGGACUGAGAACUUCAAGGAAGCACCCAUCAUCAAAGAAAAUCUUCCAGACAGAGACCAAAUGACGGCCUUCUUCAAACGUCGCAGAGAAAUGAUAUUAGCAUCAGCUUGAGGCUGUAUUAAGUACAGUUAACAUCAAGCGACGUGUCGUUUGUUUAGUCCAAAGUUGGAUCCCAUUUUCCAAAAUAAUUAAACCCAUAUAGGUUUAAUCCUCUGAAUUUGACCCUAGGAGGAAAUAAUUGUAUUCGCUGUUUAUGUUGUUGUGUGUAGCAAACAGCCAUUAGGCUGUUCAUAGAUUAAAAUAAAUAAAUGACUUAUUUAUAUUAA